AUGCCUGAGCCAGCUGGUGGACGGUCUGUUAUUCUUCUUAAAGGUGGGAUAGUAGUGAAUCAUGAUUUGUCAUUGAAAGCGGAUAUCCUGAUUCAGGACGGAAUAAUCAAGGAUUUGGGUCCAAACAUCAACGCGCCCGAUGGGGCGAAUAUCAUUGAUGUGAAUGACCAGUAUGUACUGCCAGGUGGAGUGGAUUUGGAUUGCCAUUUAACCGUUGCUUGUCCUGAGGACCCCGUGGCGGACACGUACUUAACAGCAUCGCAAGCCGCACUUUUGGGCGGAACUACAACCAUCGUUAAUACGGUCUACACUGAAUCGGAUGCCUCAGUUUUGGAAGCAAUCGAACAAUUCCAAGCGUCCUGUGCUGGAAAAUUCGCGUGCGAUUACGCUGCGUGCCCUCGUCUUCCACGCUUCGAUGCCGAGAUCUCUCAACAAUUGGAAAAAUUGGUGGUGAGCAAGGGAGUGUGUAUGGUACAGCUCAGUAUGGGAUACAGCAGUGAUUUGGAGAACCCCACCAGUAACGCGCUCACAGAGCAGUCGGUAUAUCGUGCAUUCAGACGAUGUCGACAAUUGGGAAUAUUACCUAUGGUGCCUGCGACAGCACCGGCAUACCUAGUAGAUGCGUUAACGAACGAUCUUUUAUCCUCUCAUCCGACAAUUGGCCCUGAACUACAUUACCACAACCAUCCGGAAAGUGCAGAAGGUGACACCAUCCUGAACGCUUGUCUGAAUGCAUUUCACAGUGAGCAGGCAUGCCCUCUGUUAGUGACACGAAUUCAAAGUGCUGCCGCACUGAAUGCCUUUUUAGAACAACGGAGCAAGUGUCGUGGUCUGAUAUUUGGGCAAACAAGCAUUGGAGCAAUCGCGGCCCCGUUGGCCGUAGCAGCAGCAUCGGAUAUGCCGCUCCAACCGGAAGAGUGCUUUACCAAAUCGAAAGACUGGGCCAUAGCAGCUGCAUACGUCUGUGAUCCACCUUUACGCCCUGAUAUAAAAUUCAGUCAAAGAUUAUUGGCCCAAAUGGCUGCAACGGAUGAACUGACUCUGGGGUCUGCACACUGCGCCAUUAGGACAGACGUCCGUGCUGCGUUCGGUCUUGAAAACAGCGCUCAGAUUCCAAAAGGGGUAGCAGCUCUUGGUUGCCGACUUCCCGUGCUAUGGUAUUGUGGAGUGGAAAAUAAUGGUGGGAUGGACCCGUGUUCAUUUGUCCGUGUAGUGAGCACGGAUCCAGCCCGGUUGAUCAACGCCUACCCACGAAAAGGUCGAAUCGCUGUGGGCAGUGAUGCAGACAUUAUUGUGUGGAGUCGGCAUACGGAGAUGGAAGAUGACGCGGUUCAACAGCUCGUACCAGCCGGUGUGCACAACAUAUUUUCAGGGCUAAAACUGCAUUCCAGACCUGACCUAGUUUUUCUAAGAGGAUGCUUGGUGGUAAAAGACAAAAAUCUCAUCAUGGAACAGGAGGCACAAGGGAAGUAUUUGCACCUUAAACCGUUCAGCCAAAUGGCUUUCAGCCGUUUGAACGCACUUGAAAGUUGCUGGGUAGUGGGAUUCCCGAAAAUUCCACGCGAACCAUAUGCGGGAAAAGUCGUGGAUGGUAAACCAAAGACCGAUGACGGGACGGAACCUAAGGAGUCACACUAUUUUCGUAAAGAACACUAUGACAACGUCCCAAAAGUUGCUUUGCCGCCCGGUCAAAGACAAGUGCAUACUUCCGUGAAAACGGCUCAACCACCUGGCGGUGCUUCACAUUCAUUCUGGUGAAAAGGAAUGGUGGGAAUGAACUAGCCAAGACCAACUGCUUCGCCUAUAAUCACUAAUUUGUUACUUGUAUCCAACAUCUCAAAAUACAUUUAAC